AGCCUGAACGCAGCACUUUGGGCAGUGCGUGUGUGCAGCGAACAGCGGUUCAGUCAGCAGCGUGUGCAAACAGACUACAGGAGAAAUGCCCGCAGAUCUGAGUGAGUGGAGCGGAGCUCUGGCCCUGCAGGAGGUCGAAGAAAAGCCGGCACAGCCUCUGACCAUCAAAUACGACUCUGUUGAAAUCGACGAGCUCGGAAAAGUGCUCACUCCAACGCAGGUGCAGAACCGACCCACCUGCGUUGAGUGGGAGGGAUGUGACUCCAGCAAACUGUACACUUUGGCUCUGACUGAUCCUGAUGCUCCCAGCAGGAAAGACCCCAAAUUCAGGGAGUGGCACCACUUCCUGGUGGUCAACAUGAAGGGGAACGAUGUUUCCUCUGGCUGCGUCAUGUCGGACUACGUCGGCUCUGGUCCUCCAAAAGGCACAGGUCUCCACAGGUAUGUGUGGCUGGUGUACGAGCAGCCCGGCAGCCUUUCCUGCACCGAAACCGUCCUCACCAACCGCUCCGGAGACGGCCGCGGCAAGUUCAAGAUCCAGAGCUUCAGGCAGAAGUACAACCUGGGAGCCCCGGUGGCAGGAACCUGCUACCAGGCCGAGUGGGACGACUACGUCCCCAAACUGUACGAGCAGCUGGCUGGAAAAUAAAGAUGAAAAGACUAAACUCUAAAGCAUUCAGCACUUGGAAUCCCCACCGGGGCUGCUGCCCUGUAGGAAGUUCUCAUUGUUUCUAGAAGCAAAAAGAAAACCACGACGAUAACAAAGCAUCUCUAAUUUUGUGCCACUGAACGUAUUUUGUUUUCCCAACGUUGCCUAAACAAUGUGUGACUAAGUAACAGCUGCUGUCAAUGACGUCACCUGUUUUCAUCUGCAAUAAAUCUGAGACACGCACUGA